AUGAGGCCUUUCUUGGCCGUGAUACUGCCGGUGUGGUCAUAUGUCCAAUUAGUGACCGCAUCGUCACAAAAUACGACCAGAUACGAACCCGAUGAGCUCCGCAGCGAAGUAUCCCACACAUUCCUGGCGUGUCUUCGGAACACCGGUGUGCAAUAUAAAGUCUAUGUCGACAAUGGCGCUACUGUGGUCAUACCCGCAACGAAACGAGAGAUUGACUUUGACGGCAUCGACAGAAAGUUGCUGGAGUGUAUUAUCCAAGUGAACCAUCUCAUGCAUGUGGUUGCCGAGUCGGCCCUAUACGACCAAGACGAACAUGGAAAUGCGGCUGCUGGCCAUUCAGUCACGCACGAGUGGCUGAGCACGCAAGGUGCAAAUGGUUUAAUGGAGGUUAUGCUCAACCAACCGAACAAUCUAUACUAUGAAUUGUUUCUCUGA